CCUCAGACAGGAACCUGUUCAGGAGGAGGACUACAUUCGAUCAACAAGCUGAUACUGAAACUUGGUCUGUUCUGGACAUGGACUGGAGUAAACAGACUACAAAAUAAGGUUUCGAAGCUGGAACUAAAUGUGUUACUUCAGUCCUGUUCCGGCUACAUCAGUAUUUUGGAUGUUUGAUGUCUCACUUUGGAAGUAGCUGAGAUCUGAGAUUACUGGGCAUGGGGGCCUCAGUUUGUUCUGGACUUAGAGCAGCCCUGAUCCAGGUCUUGGUCCUCUUACUCUUCUGCAAUCCAGGAAACUGUGAGAUCCAGGAGUCGAAACCUGCAGCAUCAACUGUUGUUCCUGGUGUCAAACCUUACCACAAUGAAGCCAACGAACCUCAGGCCUUUCCCGAUCCGGAGCAGGGCAGCCUUCCUGUGUUUACCAUGGACUACCCUCGCAUCCAGGUCCCUUUUGAGUUCACACUGUGGGUACUGCUGGCCUCCUUUGCAAAAAUUGGUUUCCAUAUAUAUCAUAAAAUCACCAUCUGGAUCCCAGAGUCCUGCCUCCUGAUCGCCAUCGGUCUCAUCGUUGGUGCCAUCAUGCACUCGGUCAAAGAGGAGCCUCCCGCCGUCCUCAGCUCCAACGUCUUCUUCCUCUACAUGCUCCCGCCCAUAGUCCUCGACAACGGCUACUUCAUGCCCACGAGGCCGUUCUUUGAGAACAUCGGCACGGUGCUGUGGUACGCCGUGGUGGGAACCCUGUGGAACAGCAUCGGCAUCGGGAUUUCCCUCUUCACCAUCUGUCAGUUCGAAGUGUUCGGACUUCAAGACAUAAACCUGCAGGAGAACUUAAUGUUUGCUUCUAUUAUAUCUGCCGUCGACCCUGUAGCUGCACUCAACGUCUUCGAGGACAUCGGCGUGAAUGAGCAGAUGUAUAUCGUCAUAUUUGGUGAAGGGCUGUUCAACGACGCCGUCACUGUGGUGCUCUACAGUAUGUUUACGUUCAUGGCCGACAUGCCCACGGUCGAGUCCAGUGAUGUGUUCCUGGGCGUGGCCCGGUUCUUUGUGGUGGGGGUCGGUGGGGUCCUCUUUGGCCUCCUGUUUGGCUUCGUGGCAGCCUUCACCACACGUUUUACCCACAAUGUCCGUCAGAUUGAGCCCUUGUUCGUCUUCAUGUACAGCUACCUGGCGUACCUGGUGGCAGAACUGUUCGCCAUCUCCAGCAUCCUGUCUAUUAUAGUAUGUGCUAUAACCAUGAAGUACUACGUGGAGGAGAACGUGUCCCAGCGGUCCUGCACCACUAUCCGCCAUGUUGUCAAAGUGCUGGCCACCAUCUCUGAAACUCUCAUCUUCUUCUUCCUGGGGGUUAUCACCAUAACAACAGAGCAUGAGUGGAACUGGGCCUACAUCCUGUUUACGCUGCUAUUUGCUUUCAUAUGGAGAGGACUGGGUAUUCUGGUCCUGACUCAGAUCAUCAACCCCUUCCGUACCAUCCACUUCAACUUCAAGGACCAGUUUGGCCUGGCCUACGGAGGGCUGAGAGGAGCCAUCUGCUUCGCCCUGGCGUUUACUUUACCCGAUAACAUCAACAGGAAGAACCUGUUCGUCACUGCUUCAAUCGCCAUCAUUAUAUUUACUGUUUUUAUACAGGGCAUCAGUAUCCGUCCCAUAGUGGAGUACAUAAACAUCAGAAGAACCAACAAAGACAUGAACACUAUCAAUGUUGAGAUUCACACCAGGGUGAUGGAGCAUCUCAUAUGUGGUGUCGAGGACCUGUGUGGACAAUGGAGCCAUUACUACUGGAAGGACAAGUUUAAGAAGUUUAAUGACCGUGUUUUGAGGCGAAUCCUGCUCCGAGACAACAGAGCUCAGUCCAGCAUCGUGUCUCUGUAUAAGAAACUGGAGCUGCAGAAUGCCAUUGAUCUGCUGGACACACCUAUGGGAGACCUGAGUGCAGCACCGUCCAUCAUUUCUCUACAUGACGAGAAGAAGGAAGCGUCCCGGCCGAAGAAGAAAUUCCUGGCGAAAGAUGUGAGAAAAAUGCACGACAUCCUGUCAAAGAACAUGUACAAGAUCCGACAGAAGACUUUGGCGUACACCAACAAGUACAACCUUCCUGAUGAGAGCCAAAAUAGGGAGAUUCUCAUUCGCCGUCAUGCUAGCAUCAGACGGAGCCUCCGUCCUGGAAGUUGUCGUGAGCUGCCUUCACAGAACAUACCAAGAUCUCAGAAGUACUUCUCUCUGCAGCCUGGUGGAGAUCUAGAGUCUGCGUUUGUUCUCAGAAGAAGAAGUCAUGGUGGUUCUAGCGACGUGGACCGCCUCUCAGCUCGGCUCCAAAUGUCCGGUGUGUCGCCACGUUCUUCAUCACGUUCUCUAAUUCCUCUGAAGAGGUUGAACACAAUCGAAGAGACUAGAAGUACCCAAAACCAGCCAGCUACCUCGCCAUCUCCUGUUGUGGACGUGGUGGAUGAGAUGGAUCUUGGAGCGUUUGGAGGUUCGAGCCUCCGAGGUAGGAAAGGACCGGUUCCAGCACCGAGAAGGCACAGCUCCAACCGGGUCAAGGACGACGAGGAAGAGGAUGGAAGGGUGCCUCCUCGUGGCUGGACGCCUGAGGAGGACGACAACAGAGGAAACCCGUUACUCAGAUUCCCAUCACAGCGCUCUGGAGGACCAGGUGGAUCAUGACGGACUGAGAAGGAAAUAUAGAAACAGGAAAUGGACGUACGAAGAAGUUCUGGAUGGACUGAGUUUAUAAAAAUGAUAUUUAUUUGUAUUUUUUUACCUGCUUGAGCCUUUUCUUAUCUGUAGCUAUUCUAUGCUUAGAAAUUUUGAAAAUACAGUUGUGGCAGAUUUGAAAAUUUUGACCCUGUUUGCCUUCAAAACAGGAGAAGGUGAGAAGGUGCCCCCCGUUUGAAAAUCUACAGAAAAAAAAUUAUAAACAAUAAAAUAUUAUUUAAAAAAUUCUACAUCAAUCAGGAAUUGAACCUAUACCUUUCACAAUGCAGUGUAUAGUGUUAACAACUGAGCUAAGUCUCCACUGUUCCUUUUUCUGACCUAUUUGUUAUCUGAUUGCCUUGGCACUUUUCGGGAUGUAACAAGAUACACAUGAUAUAACAAGGGCGCUGAUUGGCUCUGUAGUAAUAAACAAAGUGAUAUCUCGCACCACAGUACUGUGUCAGUAGCCACUUCAAAAAAAGGAAAGCACAGGAUUUGUUUACUAAUAUUAUUUUUUGCCCAGACAAAGCUCUGACACCCACUGACAAUGGGUUUGGGACCCACUUUUCGGUCAGACCCACCAGUUGAGAAUCACUGGUCUAGAAGAUUCACUCAUUCGAUUCCCCAGACCAGCAGAGAAAUUGUUGGCUCAUGUGCCCUUGAGCAAGGCACUUAUCCCCCAUUUUCUCAUCGGGCAACUGACAUGUUUGAACCAGUGUACAGUGGUUGUGUUCAGUAGACAAAUAUUUUGUAAAAUGAAUCUUGUGUGGAUAGAAUUUAUUCUAUUUCUGGAUUUUUACAACCACAACAUCAACAGUCUACAGAUCAACACUGCCGUUCUUGUUGCAAGUUAAAUGUGAUAGCAAGUUUUUAAGGAAAUAUUUCUAAUGUGGCUCUAAUGUGAGCUUGCAUGAUGACUUAUUUAGGACUUAUUGGUCUUGACUUGAGUAUUGAUAAAUGAUGACUCUGUUUCAUAUCUGACCAUUAUGUGUCGUAUCUGGGUGCUUCAAUGAAACUGGGUUUAUUUUGGUACCUGACUCUUUAACAGUUUUUUAGACGCAAUAAUAAAAGAGAAAUUUAGACAUCUGUCCCCCAGGAUGUACCUAAUGAUGACCUCAGAUAAAUGCAAAAAAAUUAUACUCUUGGACUGAGCCAUCCCAAAAUUAAUAAAUUUUU